AUGUCCGGUGUUGAUGGUUCUCAAAUAUUACGCGUGGUGGCUGCAGUUGGUGCUUCUGUUAUUGGUGGAAGUUUUACUCUUGGUCUGGUGAUCUCUUCCAUUUCCGAACGUGUCACAUUUUAUAAAAAGAAAAAACAUGGGAAGCCAUGCUGGGCUUGUAAAGCAGUGGGUUACUAUGCGUGCAAGCUAUGCAGAGGAAAUGGCACCCUAAAGUGGUCCCCUCUCUUUGACCCAGUAUAUAUAAACCCUUGCGUGUGCCCGACUUGUGAUGGAUUCAAGGUUCAACGCUGUCUUAACUGCUUGGCCUGUGGUUUUACGUGA